AUGUGGAUUGUAGUGACAGUGAGGUUGAUUCAUUGUUAUGGUAUGGUGAAGUGGAGUCUGGUGAUGGUGAAGAGCAUCUAUGGUGGAGGUGAUGUUGAAAGUCUGUGCCUCUUCCAAUUAGCCACAGUGUUAUUCCACAUUGGCACUGCAUAUCCCCCGUGGCACCGCCUGGAGGCACUGGCACGUCGUGGUUGCCCGAAGGAACGUGCUGAUUGUGAGAGAGAAGAGGAAGAUAAUGGUAAUGAUGGUGGCGUUCGUGAUAAUGUAGGUGAGGAUAAUGAUAAUAUGAUUGAUGAAAGUUUUAAUGGUGAGGAAGGUGUUAAUGUAAAUGAUGAUAGUGAUGAUGGUGAGGAUAAUGGUGAUGAACAUGAAGAGCAAAAAAAUGAUAAUGAUGGUGACAAGGAUAGUGAUACUGGUGAUGGUAACGAAGGUGAGGAUAAUGAUGGUGAAAGCAAGGCUGUUGGUAAUGACUGCGACGAUGAUGAUGAAAUACAACCAACCCUGGGGCGUAUCGGUGCAUUUUCUUGCACGUGCAAUAUCCGUGUCAAGGGCCUGCGAGCCAGAAGGGCGUAA